GUCAGCUCAGUGACCUAACUUGGUGGGCCGGAAGGCGGAGGUUUCGGAGCUGACGGGGCUGGAGCUGCAAUCGCCAUGGAGACCCUCUACCGGGUGCCGUUCUUGGUGCUGGAAUGUCCCAACGUUAAACUGAAGCGGCCGAGCUGGGUGCACAUGCCCUCGGCCAUGACCGUCUACGCGAUGGUGGUGGUUUCUUACUUCCUCAUCACGGGAGGCAUAAUUUAUGAUGUGAUUGUAGAACCUCCCAGUGUUGGCUCAAUGACUGAUGAACAUGGCCAUCAGAGGCCUGUGGCAUUCUUGGCAUACAGAGUAAAUGGACAGUACAUUAUGGAAGGGCUUGCGUCCAGUUUCCUCUUUACAAUGGGAGGGCUUGGUUUUAUAAUACUGGAUCGUUCCAAUGCACCAAAUAUCCCAAAGCUGAAUAGAUUUCUGCUACUUUUUAUUGGAUUUGUGAGUGUCCUGUUGAGUUUCUUCAUGGCAAGAGUCUUCAUGCGGAUGAAAUUACCGGGCUACUUGAUGGGUUAGUGCCUUUUCUGAUUGCUACAGAUUGAAGAUUGUAUUUCCUUCUCAUUAGGAAGAAGAAUGGAUAGCAAAAAUCCGCAGCCCCACCACUUCUAUCUAAAGUAACAAGAGAGAGAGAUUGAGCAGACUAACAAAAGGAUUGUUUUCUCAUUUUCUCCUUAUAUAAAUAGGGUUUCUUACAGGUAGUUGGUUUAACAGAUGUGUGCCUAUUUUUAUUCAAUAUAUUAAAAAGGAAAAGUAUUCUUAUGUUACUCAGGCAUAAGUGCAUUAUGUCUGCACAAUAGAACCACAACUCUUCAAUCCUGUUCCCCAUCCUUCACAAUCAUCCUCAGAGUAAUAAUUCUGUACUUUCUUGGCUUGGUCUAUCUCCGUGUGGGAGAAUCUAUUUUGAAAAUGGGGAGGUAACAUUAACUUUUCAAAUAUUUGUAAAUAACAACUGUUGCUCAGUGAUUGCCACUGAAUGUUUAGGAACUUAAGGAAACAGGCAACCAGUUUUGUGCUCGCCUUUGGAUAAGCCAGCCCAGGGGACAGAGUGAUCAGCUACUAAGAAGAUACAGAAGAGGGGAGAGUUGGAGGAUUGUGGAGAAUGCCUGCUUGAGGUUGCCGCCUCACUCUAGCAUUGCAGGCAAUUGGUGCUUUAAAAUAUUUCAGGUGACACACUCUUCUAGCUACUUGCAAAGGCACUGAAAAAUACCUGUUUCUGCAUACAGAUUUGCAUCUGUGUUGCAUUAAAAAGAAGAGAUGACCUUAACUGACAUUCAUGUUAGUAGAUGAAACUAAACAUAUGCAAAAGAAAACCCAGUAUUGUGUGAUGGUAAUAGUUUCUUUACAGAAAAUAUAAAGACAUUAAACAUUUUUCUACUAAAGCA